AUGACUGAGUGUCUAAAGGAGUGUGAGAGAGAGAGGGCUGCGUCAGGACAUGAUACACACACUAUAGAGGAGGAGGAAGAGGAGGAAGAGGAGAGAGAGGAGGAAGAGGAGAGAGAGGAGGAAGAGGAGAGAGAGGAGAGAGAGGAGGAAGAGGAGAGAGAGGAGAGAGAGGAGAGAGAGGAGGAAGAGGAGGAAGAGGAGAGAGAGGAGAGAGAGGAGGAAGAGGAGGCAGAGGAGGCAGAGGAGAGAGGAGAGAGAGGAGGAAGAGGAGAGAGAGGAGGAAGAGGAGAGAGAGGAGAGAGAGGAUGA